AUGGCAGAGCCUGCGGGGGGUCCUCAGCCCCAGCCCCUGGUGAGGAGGAAAAAAAGCAUAUCUAUAGAGGAAAAAAUAGACAUCAUAAGUGCUGUGGAGAGCGGCGAGAAAAAGGCAGACGUCGCAGCCAAGUAUGGCAUAAAGAAGAAUUCCUUGUCUUCAAUUAUGAAGAAUAAAGAAAAAGUUUUGAAAGCCAUUGAAACUUUACAAUUUGAUCCUAAAAGAAAAAGACUAAGGACUGGUGUUCAUACUGACGUGGAGGAGGCAUUGAUGAAGUGGUACAGAGUUGCUCAGUGCUUGGAUGUGCCGGUAAACGGUCCCAUGUUGCGCCUCAAGGCUAAUGAUUUUGCCCAGAAGCUUGGACAUAGUGAUUUUAAAUGCAGUAAUGGCUGGCUCGAUCGUUUCAAGUCAAGGUAUGGUUUAGUUUUCAGAGCUCAGCCUGUAGAAGCAGCUGCUGCUACUACAGUGGAUGCUCCAACUCUUUGGUACCAAAAUGUUCUUCCUUAUGUAAAUGAUUAUGAGCCAAAAAAUGUGUUUUGUAUACAGGAGACUGGGUUGUUGUAUCAGAUGUUACCACAUAACACAUUUGCAUUUAAAGGGGAAACUUUUUCUGUAGAUAAACUAAGCAAAGAGAGAAUAACCAUAGUGGUGGGUACAAAUAUGGAUGGUUCCGAGAAACUUCCUUUGCUUGUUAUAGGAGAAAACAAAAGUCAGCGCUGUUUCAAAGACAUGAAGUUGCUACCUGUGGAUUAUGAAGCAAAUGACAUGGCAUGGAUGACUUCAGAAGUGUUUGAACGGUGGAUGCAUAAACUUGAUGACAGAUUUCAAGCACAGCAGCGACGAAUAGUUAUUCUUGUUGAUUCUCUCCCAGCUCAUACAGAAGUAAAGAACCUGAAGUCUGUCAAAUUGGUGUUCUUUCCUCCAGACUCUUCUUCGUGUAUAGCUGCAAACCAAGGGGUUAUCAGAAGUCUGAAGGUUAAAUACAGGUGCUGUCUUAUCAAGAGAUUUGUUGACUGUGUAGGAGGUAAUAAAGAGUUUACGCUGACUCUUCUUGAUGUAAUUGAAAUGUUGCACCUGUGCUGGAGGAAAAUCACACGAGAGACUAUUGUAAAAAGUUACAGUGAAGCAGGAUUCAAAAUAGAAACCAAGGCAAAUGGUAAUGACACAGAGGUUGAAAGUGAUUUUGAUUUGAUUGCACAUGCACAGGCAGCUGGAGUAGAGUUUCCAGAAGGUUUAUCUUUGGAGGAGUAUGCAGCUCUAGAUGAUGGCUUGGUGACUUGCGAAAUGUCCACAAAUAAUGAAAGGAUGUGUGCCAAAGAAAGCACAUCAGAUAAAGCUGGGACAUUUGUUGGUGAAGAAGAAAAGGAGGAAGGUGAUAGAUUUCAGGGAGCCGAACAGCCUUUACCAACAAAAAAUGAGGCUUUGAGUGCUUUAGAUACCCUUCGAAAGUUUCUCAGAAGUCAAGACAUGAAUGAUUCUCUUCACGACUCCCUAGCUGACCUGGAGAAUUUUAUUCGACAUGUAGCAUGUAAAUAA